AUGAGCCACGAUUGCACAGAGCCCGGCCUGCAGGGGCCUCCGCGAGAAAGACCACAGCGGGCAGCGCUGAGGGGAGCUGCGGCCUUGGCCGCGCCCCGCCCAGGAAGGUGCAGUGUGGGGACCCGGGUGCCCAGGCAGGGUCGGAGCCCUGUGCUGCCCGCUGAGGGCUCCUGGGAGCUCUGGGAAGGGCAGGAGCGGGAGCCCUACAAGGCCGAGGCGGUGCUCAUGGUGCCCCAAGGAAGCCUUCCGGCCACUCCCGAGGCACCCAAAAACCCGGCUCAGGAGAUCCAGUCAUCUUUGGGACACCAAGACUGCAGUGAACAAAACUGCUUUCUGCUCCUGGAGCUGCUCGUGGCCUCCGCCCUCUGUCAGGUGUCCCUGGCCUUUGCCCCUGCUGCCUCCCUGACGCAGAACAAUGCUGUCCUGCACCCACCGGCUGGCCAGGCUCGAGUCUCCUUUAGGGCCAACACCAGCCUGCACUAUCUGGUCAAGAGGAGCUGGCCACUGGAGGGGCAUCCUGCCGUCUGCAACUUCCAGCGAAAGCCUGAAUUUGAAUGCUUGGUUAGUGUCAGAGAGAUGCACAGAUUCCUCUUUCUGAGGACCGAGACCCCAGGAGGUCACCCGAAUGCCCAGCCAAGCCCCACAGUCAUCCGGGUGAUGCGCACGGCUUCUGCUUCUUCGCCAGGACAGCCGGCCAGAUGCGUGUACGCAGUUCCAAGGCGCCCUCUCACCGGGUUCGUGUUGUCUCAGCCUGGGGCGCUAUCAAGGCGGCAGUUUACUGAGGGAGGAGGACCUGGCCCACUUCUGCUGCAUCUCUGUGCUGACCAGAGCGGCCCAUGAGAGCAGACAUCUAACAAGAUCUACUGCUAAUUACCUAAAGAUUGGUCACCCCUCUGCAAUAAAACCUUUAUGAUGAUGAUCCUCUUC